AUGAUCUCUCCUUUUGCUUCCACUGAUGUGGCAGUCUUUCCUUCACGUCCUCCUCUGAACCCUUCUCCUCCAAAUAAGUCAUCGGUACCUUUCCUUCCACCUUCCCCUUCGUGGGCUUCACAGGAAGAUGAGGAUUUCAUACAUGGUUAUGACUAUCGUAAUCCUUCCUCUAGGUCUCUUGCUACCGCUAAUGAAACAUCUUUGUUCAUGGCUCAAGGAAAGUCUGUGAAUAGCUCUCCUCCUUCCAGUGUUCCAAAGCCAGGCAGUCAGCUAGACAACAUGCUGGGAAGCCUGCAGUCUGACCUUAACAAGCUGGGAGUAGCCACUGUGGCCAAGGGUGUUUGUGGAGCUUGCAAGAAGCCAAUUGCUGGUCAGGUUGUCACAGCUAUGGGAAGGACCUGGCAUCCUGAACACUUUGUAUGCACCCAUUGCCAGGAGGAAAUUGGAUCACGCAACUUCUUUGAGCGAGAUGGUCAGCCUUACUGUGAAAAAGACUAUCACAAUCUAUUCUCCCCACGUUGUUUCUACUGUAAUGGGCCCAUACUGGAUAAAGUUGUGACUGCUUUAGACAGAACAUGGCAUCCUGAACAUUUCUUCUGUGCACAGUGUGGAGCAUUUUUUGGCCCAGAAGGCUUCCAUGAGAGGGAUGGUAAGGCCUAUUGUCGUAAGGAUUACUUUGAUAUGUUUGCUCCCAAGUGUGGUGGAUGUACCCAUGCCAUCUUGGAGAAUUAUAUAUCUGCUCUGAACACCUUGUGGCACCCGGAGUGCUUUGUUUGCAGGGAAUGCUUUACUCCAUUUGUUAAUGGGAGUUUCUUCGAACACGACGGGCAGCCAUAUUGUGAGGUUCAUUAUCACGAACGCCGUGGAUCGCUGUGUUCUGGCUGUCAAAAGCCCAUCACUGGCCGCUGUAUCACUGCAAUGGGGAAGAAGUUCCAUCCAGAGCACUUUGUCUGUGCCUUUUGCCUUAAGCAGCUCAACAAAGGAACCUUCAAAGAGCAGAAUGACAAGCCAUACUGCCAGAACUGCUUUGUCAAGCUCUUCUGUUAG